AUGCUGAUCGACAGGAUCAAAUACGCCAUGGACCAUUUGUCCCACAAACAGCACAUUUCCCUGUUGGCACGGCCUAACUGGAGAAGAACUCAAACGAGAAACUUGAAUAUUUUAACGAAUCCCUUUUCCAUUCGCCGAGCAGCUCUGAAAGCGCGAGCAUCGAAAAGGAUGAAGGUGAUGGCGCGGCCAAAGCACGUUACCAAAAAAUACGAUCCCAGAAAAGCACCACCGCUGCAUCCGCGAAUCCAUCCGAAAACGCUCGCGGCUAAAAUCACCAAACGCAUCACCGACUUGGCUCUUCCCAGAAAAAGAUUGCUGUUGGCGAACAUGAGGUUCCCUACUAGCGGCAACAUAGCCGAGACAUUGUGGAAGGUUCAGAACUCGAGAUACCGGAGAUAUCGAUUUUUCUGCAACGCCAGACUGCAACGAGAGAUGAAGAAAAAACAAAAGAUAAUGGCGAAAUUGCGUCGGGCGAUCAAGCCGGAAGAGUGGGAACACCACAUGGAGCUGCUGGAAAUACUGGCCGCGCCUAAAGUUCCACCGAAGCCUAGAUUGCCUGGCAAAAGGAAAAAAUGGAGGCCGGUCAACAUGCGGAGGAUAGAAGAGCUGGCAUCGCCACCGGUGAGAGAGAUACCGGAAGUCAAGGACCCGUUCAGAGUGCCGGCAACCGCUCUCACCUACAAGAUCAGCAAACGUCUCGAGAAGAUUGCACUUCCAAAGGAACCACCGGAGAUUAUACCGCCACGGAUCCUGGGCACGGUUUCACGGGGCGCGUUGCAGGCCGUAGCUUCUCCCAGGACGAUAGCCCUGGCGAAGCCAGUUGAGCGGCCUGCAGGGAUAGAGACAGACCUUCGGGAAGACGCCUUCACGGUCUCGCCGAAGGCGUUGAAGGCCAAGUGUUCGAGGCGACUAAAAUUUUUAGCCAGGCCCAAAAGGAGGAGAUGA